GAGCCGCCAUAUUGUGUGGUUCACAGAUUCUGGUCGUUGGUGAGUCGCCAUAUUGUGUGGGUCACAGAUCUUUGGUCGCUGGUGAGUCGCCAUAUUGUGUGGGUCACAGAUCUUUGGUCGCUGGUGAGUCGCCAUAUUGUGUGGGUCACAGAUCUGGCCGCUGGUGAGUGCCGCUGUUGAGACGAUGAGGUCGGCGAAGGGAGUGAAUUCUGCGCUCGCAAAUCUUGUCACGAAGAGACUUUAUUCACCCAAAGCUGCGCCUAAGUAUGAGUUUACAGCAGCUGCAGACAAAACACACCUUCCACCUCAGGAACUGCAGGUGUCCAAAUUGCCAAAUGGGUUGGUAAUUGCCUCCCUAGAGAACUACUCACCAACGUCAAAGAUUGGAGUCUUUAUAAAGGCAGGCAGCAGAUAUGAGAGUGCCAAUAACUUGGGCAUCACCCAUGCCCUUCGCCUCGCAGCAAACUUGACCACAAAGGGAGCUUCGUCAUUUAGAAUAACCCGUGGCAUAGAAGCUGUAGGAGGCUGCCUGAGUGUGACAUCUACGAGGGAAAACAUGAUCUAUGCAGUGGAAUGUAUGCGAGACUGUGUUGACACAGUAAUGGAGUAUCUGAUCAAUGUUACUGCUGCCCAGGAGUUCAGGCCGUGGGAACUAUCGGAACUCCCUCCAAAACUGGAACUGGACAGAGCAGUCGCUUUUCAGAAUCCACAAAUAGGUGUUCUGGAGAAUCUGCAUUCAGCUGCUUACCGUAACGCCCUGAGCAACCCCCUUUACUGUCCUAAAUUUAUGAUUGGUCAUCACACAGUGGAUCAGCUGCACGAGUUUGUGCAAAACAAUUUUACAAGUGGAAGGAUGGCUCUCGUAGGGCUGGGUGUGAACCAUACGGUAUUAAAGCAAGUGGGCGAACACUACUUGAACAUGAGGAGUGGUACUGGUGCAGCUAGUGCUGCACCUAAGUUCCGUGGAGGUGAGAUGCGUGAUCAGAAUAAUGACCGUCUGGUUCAUGCGGCUGUGGUAGCUGAGAGUGCAGCCUCUGGUACACCUGAGGCCCGUGUGUUCAGUGUCCUCCAGCAUGUUCUUGCUGCUGGCCCAUAUAUCAAGAGGGGCAGUAAUGUGUCCAGCAAGUUGUAUCAGGCGGUAAUGAAGAAAAAUGCAGAGCUGUUUGAUGUUUCAGCAUUCAGUGCAAGUUACUCUGACUCUGGGCUGUUUGGCAUUUACACCAUCUCACAGGUGGAUUCAGCAAGUGACGUAAUCAAGACUGCAAUAUCUGAAGUCAAGACCAUUGCUCAAGGAAAUGUCACUGAGGCUGAUAUCACACGGGCCAAAAACCAACUAAAAGCCAAGUGCUUGAUGGCGGUUGAACAGUCUGAUGGACUGCUGGAUGAGAUUGGCUCUCAGGUACUGCUAACUGGUGCAUAUGUGCCCAUACCUGAUCUGGUUCAGCAAGUCGACUCUGUGUCCAUCAAUGAUGUGGUGAAUGCUGCAAAGAAGUUUGUGUCUGGUAAGAAGUCCAUGGCAGUCAGCGGCAAUUUGGCCAACACACCUUUCCUUGAUGAAUUGUAAAUUUAUUCUUCCAACCAUCCAACUGUAGAGCUGUAUUGGCACUGUCACUACUAAUAAAAUAUAUAUCAUGGUUCCAGGAAA